UGUGCCAGAGAAAAAUAUUUUCCUUCUCAAUUUGUGUUUUUCUUUUUUCCACGGCAAGUGGGAAUUUAGUUUCCCUGCAAAUAUUCCCCAAAAAUGGUGUUUGAAAGUCUCGUGACGGACCUCCUGAAUCGUUUCCUGGGGGAAUAUGUGGAGAAUUUGGAUACGAAGCAGCUGAAAAUUGGAAUUUGGGGCGGUGAUGUAGUUUUGAAUAAUUUGAAAUUAAAGGAGAAUGCUUUGGAGGAAUUGGAUCUACCCAUUCAGGUGCCUUAUGGGUACUUAGGGAAGCUCAUACUGAAGAUCCCAUGGAAGAAUUUGUACACAGCACCCGUUGAGGCGACCAUUGAGGAUCUCUAUGUCUUCGCAAAGCCCACAAAAGCCAUGCCGUACAACGCGGAGAAGGAAGAGAAGGCCCUCGUGGAGGCAAAAAAGGCCGAAUUGAAGCGCAUUCAGGAUGCAAAGGCAAAUCGCGAGACGGCCCUCAUAAAGGCCGAUAAGAGUUUCACGGAGAAGCUUGUAAUGCAGAUUGUAAACAAUUUGCAAAUUCGCAUCUCAAACAUCCACAUUCGCUACGAAGAUCGCAAUGUGGGUGGGCAGUUGUUUGCCUUUGGGGUGACACUGAAGAAUUUCUCCGUGAACACAACAGAUGAGAAUUGGAGUAAAUGCUACCUCAAGGAAGUCGUGUCGAAGGUGUUCAAAAUGGCAGAGCUCGAAGGGCUCGCCGUGUACUUCAAUUGCUCCACAGAUACCUUCGAUGGGGCAGACGAUGUGGCGCUCAGGGAGAAAUUUCAACGCACAAUUGCCACGAAAGUCAUUCAGCCGGAUAAGUACAAGUACAUUUUCGGACCAAUUGGCUCAAAUGCCAAGCUUAAGCUGAACAUGUCACCCGAAGAGGAUACCCCAAAGUUUUCUGUGCCCAAAGUUGAGGUUUUCCUCAGUUUGGAGCAAUUCACGGUGGGAAUUUCGAAGAGUCAGUACCAGAGUGCCAUAGAACUGGCAGAGUCACUCGAUAGGAGUAUAAAAGGGGCGCCAUACAGACGGUUUCGCCCCUUCAACACUCCCAUCAGGGGCAAUGCACGGAUUUGGUGGCAUUUUGCCUACAAUUGCAUCGCAGAGACACACAUUUGGAGGCGCAAAAGGGAUUGGCAUUGGGAUAACAUCCGCGAUCACUGCCUACGGUGUCGUGAGUACAAGGAAAUGUACAAAACGCGGCGGUUGGCAAAGAAACCCGAUGCUCAGACUGUUGAGCGAUGCCAGAAGCUCGAAGAUCAGCUGGAUCUGUUCAAUUUAAUUCGAAUUCAGGAGCAGAUUGACAUUGAAGUGGCAAAAAUUAUAAAGGAUCAAGAACCUCCACCGAAGACAUCCUGGUUUGGUUCGUGGUUCGGCGGUGGUGCAAAGCAGGAGGAGAAGGAAAAGAGUUCAGCCAUCCUGACGCAAUUCAAUGCCGCCAUGACGAAUGAGGAGAAGGCAAAGCUCUACAACGCGAUUGGGUACAGAGAGAAUUCAAUGGAGAUGGAAUUGCCGGAAGAUUACGUUGCCAUGCGCUUGCAUUUCCAACUGAAUGUCCUCGAAGUGGCCAUAAUGAAUGAUCAGGGUGUGCGAGAGGUGAAUAAGAGUGACUGCAUUCUGCUAAUGCAGCUACGGGAGGUACGUUGUGAGAUUGAUCAACGUCCAACGGCAUCGGCGAUUAAGCUGAAGAUGGAUCUGAAGACAUUCUCUGUGUUUGGGGUGAAGCAGGGCGAUGCUACGCCGAAUAUAAUUAAAUCCAAAUGCGAAGAGGAGGGGAAUCAGUUGUCAUUGGAUUUUGAAACGAAUCCAUUGGAUCAUUUGUGCGAUCAGAGGAUUAAGCUGCGUACGCGCCCGUUGAAGAUUACGUACGAUGGCGAGACAAUCUUGCAGUUGAUUGAUCUGUUCAAGCCACCCAAAGAUAUGAAUAUAUCGGAGAUUCAGGAUGCAGCUUCGGGGAAGUUGAGCAAUGUGAAGGAACGUUCAGCCACGGGGCUUGAGUACAUGAUUGAGACGCACACACGGCUGGAUAUUGAUAUUGUUUUCAUGCCCGUGUACCUCAUUGUACCCUACAAGGGGGUGUACUUGAAGGAUAAGCACACAGCAUUGAUUGUGAGUCUCGGUACAGUGACCCUCCUGUCGGCACCGCGUGAACUGGACACAAUGGAUGUGCGUUCAAUGUUCCAGAGUGGCAUUAAGAUGGAGGAUAUUCUGCAGGAGAUGAUGGAGCAGAGCUACGAUGUGUUCAAUUUGAAAAUUGAGAACCUCCAGGUGCUGUUUGUGGAGCCAAAGGACAACUGGGGGGAUGUCCUGUUGAGUGGUCAGAGGACCGAUAUGCACUUUGUCGAACCAACAACACUCACCCUCUCUGCGCACUCAUGCGUCAUUGACGACGAUCCGCGAUUGCCGAAGAUAAAGAUUUCCGGAGAGUUGCCCUACUUUGGGGUUAGUAUGUCGCAGCAAAAAUUCCUGGAUAUGGUUGAUUUGCUCAUGAGUAUCCCACUGCCGGAGGAGGAGGAGACCGUGCCGAAGCUUCCGGAGAAGGGGGGGAGUCUCUAUCAGUCCACGGCGUCGCUUGCAUCGAAAUUCCUCGAUUCCGACAAGGUGCGCGGGAAGAAGAAAUUGGAGCCAGCACAGGGGGAGAUUACGGAGGAAAUUCAACAAUUUACAAAUCUCAUUGUUAACUUCAUCAUCAAUGAGAUCUCAAUUAUUCUCUUUGAGAAUCAUCAGGAUAGCGCACAAUCCACACCAAGUACGUAUGAGACGCCAGCUGAGGAAUUUAUUUCUGUCGUAUCAACACCAUCUGACUAUCGUGCCCAUGCCAGGAAGAGGAAGAUUGUAACGUUCAAAGUGAUGCACAUUGGAGCAUCCCUCGUUCAGCGUACGUACGACCUGAAGGUCAAUUUGCGCCUUGGGGGCAUUGCCGUCGUGCAAUUUAUGUAUAAGAAUAGCACAGAGCGGGAGAUUGAUGUUAUAUCGACGCCCGGAUUCAUCGAUGGCAGUGAGUAUCUCCUCACAAUUGACUAUCUCAAUGCAAAUAAAGAAUCUCCGGAAUUUGUCACAAAGUACACGUCAGUUGAGCAGCUGAUUGAGAUAAAAUUCUCCAAAUUUAUCCUCCUUCUGCACCAAGAGGGUAUUAUUGAGUUUCUCGCUCUUGCCGAUGAGAUGCAACGAAAACUCCUUGCAACGACACAGAAGAAGGGAGGAGCAAUGAAUGCGGAUAAAAUUGCCUCAGCCGGAAGUCCAAUACGCAUUGAGAGUGGACUCCCGACAAUCCUUGAGGAAGAAGGGGAAAAACCAUCCACGGAGCAGAAGCAGAGGCGGCAUCAUCGUGUUGUGGAUAGCAUUAAAGUGAAGGUUGUUGCAAAUCUCGAGAGUGUCACGGUGAAGAUUGAGAAUGAACGGAUGCCCAUAACGGCGCUUCAAAUUGAAAAUCUCAGUGCAAGCACAAUUAUUAAGUCUUCAUACACGGAGUUGUGUCUCAAGUUGAAGAAUAUCUCCAUUUCCGACAAGAAUCCAGCUUCAAUUCACACAACAAUCCUUUCGGUGAUGGGGGAUGAUGCCAUGAAUUGUCGCGUUGUUCUCUUCAAUUUGGACGAGACGAGUGUCUACAAUUCGGAUGAUAUUAAAAUUGAAGUUUCAAUGGGUGGAAUAAAGUUUGUCUUCCUCAAUUGGUACAUUCAGUCCGUGCUGAAUUUCCUCGAUAACUUCCAAGCGGCACAGGAGAAGAUUGCCGAAGCCGGAGCAGCUGCAGCUGGAGCGGCAAAGCAGAAUGUUGUCGAUGCGUAUGCAAAAGCAACACGAAUGAACCUCAAUGUGCGCAUUAAGGCACCAAUAAUAAUUCUUCCGGAAGAUUCAAAAUCCAUCAAUGCCCUAUGCCUUGAUCUGGGUAAUUUAAGCGUUACAAAUCACUGCUAUGAGCUGCCGACCGCAAAUGAGGAGAAUCGGAAAGCCGUGAUGGAUGAUAUGAAGCUCGAUCUGAAGGAUUUGAAGGUGACAAAAGUUAAUUUGUAUCAAGAUGCGAAUUUGGAUGCAUCCCAUGGGGAUAUAUCAUUCAAUCCGGAUUCCGGGAAUGCCAUUCUCACGCCAACAUCAUUCUCCCUCAAUAUAGCACGAAAUCUCUCGGCGAGUUGGUACAAAGAUCGCCCAGACAUUGAGAUUUUGGGUAAGAUGAAUUCAAUUGUAAUCAAUUUGGAUACGUCUGACUACAAAUUGAUCAUGGAUAUUCUUGGGAAGAAUAUGCAAGAAGGUGGAGGAGAACGGAAAGCACCACCACCACCCGCGGUGGCGCCUAAAGCGGAAACAGUAAAUCGGGAGACAGUGCAGGAGGUGGUUCGUGUGCAUCAGGAAUUGAUAAAGACUCCACCGAGUGAGUCGUGCAGUGAAACGCCAACGGAUGAUUCGAAAUCCAUGAUGAUUGCAACCUUCCUCAAGUUCUCAUUCCAAAUGGACAGCCUUAUUAUUAAUUUGCAAACUGACGGUGAUAAGGGUUUAGCUUCAUUCGGGAUCUACGUGUUGUCUGUCAAGGGGAACAAACUCGCGGAUGGAUCACUGAAUACAUCAGUUGUCCUCUGUGACAUUCAAUGGGAUGAUAUUCGUCCACAGAGGGAGAAUAUGAUUACGCGAUUUAUGGGAAGGAAAACAUCCGGAAAGGAAGAUGAUACCAAUGCAAAAUCAAUGAUUGAUAUAACAUGCAGCAUAAAGGAUACGUCAAUCUUUGCUGAAUUGCGAAUUCGUGGCUUUGAUCUAAUCAUAUCAAUGGACUACAUAAUGAAGCUGAUGAACUUCCUCAAUGCCCCCAGUGUGGCUGCAACUAAUGAUAAAGUUACAGUGAAUGAUCCGAAAAAAUUGGAACUUGCAACGCCAAAAACUCCACGAGAUACUCAACUUACACCCCCAACGCCGCCCAAUCAAAGCAGCAAGAUGACAAUAAUUAUUGCCAUUGAGCAACCGGAUAUUAUUUUAGUUGAAAAAAUGGAUGAUAUCAAUUGUCACGCUCUCAUUCUCAACUGCGAAGCUGGGCUGAAGUUCCGGCAGUAUGGGGAGAAGCAAAUAAUCCGCGGGGACAUUAACAACUUCAACAUUCACAUGUGUGAAUUUAAUCCAUCUCGUCGUGCCCAAACACGCUACUACGUCCUCAAGCCUGUUAAUAUCAGUCUUUCCGGAUCAACACCUGAGACUGAAGGACUCCACGUGGCACUAACGGUGUCAAGUAUUGAAAUAUGCAUUUCCCCAGGGACCAUUCAACUCGUAAAUCGUAUCCUUGCAACGAUGAAUGAGCAAGAGAGUUCAGCAACAAAUGAGGAAGUCGCGAAGAAUGAAUAUGUUGAUUUGUGGAAUGUUAAGGAUUUCACCGAUGAUGACUUCUGGUUCACACAAAUUGAGGAAGCAACCGAAGCUAUUGAUACCCUGGAUGACUACAGUCCAAUUGUAAAUCAAAAACUAGAGAUGUGCACCAUUGAAGUGCCGUCGUUUAUUGUUAAAGUUGAAUCUGGUUUUGGAUACUACACCAUCCCCAUGUUGCGCAUUGAUAGCAAUGUUUUUAUGAAGGUGUGCAAUUGGAGUUCAAACCUCUCAGCUGAGGGAAGCCUCCAACUCGGUAUGUCCUACUACAAUAGCAUCCUAGCUCUGUGGGAGCCACUAAUUGAGCCAAAUGAACGAGAACUCCCAAAUGGGCUGAUUGAAUCCGGUCCGUGGGAGCUUCAAUUCACAGCGAAAAUGAAUCAAGAUAGGCUGGAGAGUAGUUUCGAUGAGGUGCCCGAAGAGAAGCAACCACUAACGAAGAUUUGCGUAACAGCCACGGAAACACUGGAGAUGACCGUGACAAAGACAUGCCUGGAGGUGUUGCAGAAUCUCGGAAAGGGUUUCAGUGAAGCCAUCAACUCCCAAUUGACUACAACGCAGCAAACAGCUCCGUAUGUUGUGCAAAAUGACACAGGGUUCGAUAUAACGUUCAAUUUACAACGUGGUGGCUUUAGUUUGCACACAUCGCAUCUCCCGCAGUCGGAGAAGGCUGGUGAAGAGAAUGCAGCACGUGGAAUUGUUUUCCAGACAAAGGAUGAUGAUGGCACAGUGAGUCCGGAGAGUGUAACAACGUGUACACUAUCGCCCGGAGCUUGUGUGUAUCUGCAGCUAAAGGAUGAGGUGACAAAUGAGGCAGCAAAGGAGGAUACUGUUGAUUCGAUUAUUCAGAAGGAGAAGUAUCUCCAUGUUCAAAUUGGGGAUAUCAACAAAGAACUUGUUUUGCCUGUUUAUAAGGCCGACAAGAGAUACUUUCCGCUCUAUAGGGAUACAAAUAGCGAACCAUGGGGCAUUAUAUCGAACAUUAAAGUGGAAUAUGGAAGUACUAUUGUGACCAUUCAUGGUGUUGUGCAGAUACACAAUCACUUUUCGGCCACAAUGAAGCUCCAUAGGCGUAUCAAUGGGGCUUUUCACGUUGUCGGUGAGGUGCCGCCCAAUAAAGUCUUCAACGUUCCUCUCCAUUCAAUUUAUGCCGUCAAUAAGGAUCUACACUUCUCCCUGCCAAACUACAAGCCAUCCAUUCAGGGGAUCAACUGGAAGGAUAGUCCGAGUGAUUUUGAAUACCGCAGGACACUUCAAUGUGAUCCAGAAGUCAACUAUGAGCCAUUCUACAUUAAUGCCGUAAGGACGCGCAAGGAUGUCUACUAUGAAGUAACAUCGAAGAUCACAAUGCUGAGUGUCUGCUAUGUUAUUCAUUUGCGUCCACCUGUUCUUCUGCGCAACACCCUCCCCAUUCCGAUUAUCAUAUCAGUUGCUGGCUGUAGUGUUGUGCGUGACACACAGGCGGCAAUUCAGCAGCGUGAAGAGCAGAGAAAGGAAGAUGAGAAUGCCACGGCAGGACACAAAGAAUGCGAAGAUUUCCUCGAUUAUGGGGAAAAAGUCGUUCAGCCGGGUGAAAUGAUUCAUUUGCCAACAAUCCAGCUUGCUGCCGCCCACGGGGAGUCGUACAGUAACAUUGUGAUCCGGUUGAUUCAGUACUUGGAUAAGGAUUGGUCGUGCACAACCGAAAUCCCGGCAAAUCCACCGGAAUUUGCCGUGUGGACAUUCAGAUCGUACGACUCUGUGGCGGAGAUGUCCUUCGAAUUGGGGGUUCACUAUGAAAAUCGCGAAGGAUCCCUUCAACUCUCCAUCUACUGCCCCUUCUGGAUGGUCAACAAAACAGGCCUUAUGCUCAGCUACAGAAAAUCCAGAAAAACCGAAAGAAAUGAAUUGUCGGGUAGUCCUCCAUCGAAGGGAACAGACGAAUCAAUAAAUGUCCUGUACCACCCACCGGAGUACAAUGGUCCCAUCCUGUUCUCCUUCCGCGAGAAGGCUUUCUUCGGGAAGAAUCGUGCCUCAAUUCGCAUCGAUACGGGUGAUUGGAGCGAUAAAUUCCCACUGGAUGUGGCAGGAUCGAGUGGUGUUGUUCAGUGCAAAGCCAAAGAUACAACAUAUCACAUUGCUGUCCACAAUGCACUCACAAAGUAUUCCUUGACGAAACAGAUCACCUUCCUGCCCAAUUUUAUUCUUGUCAACAAAGCUCCUGUGGAUGUGGAGGUGCAGGAGGAGAAUAGACCGGGUGAUCCGUGGCUGCUUGUUCCAUCGCAGGAAUGUAUUCCACUUUGGCCGAAAGUUGAAUCGAAUCCCAUGCUGAGGAUUCGUGUUGAGGGCAUUGUGACACCACCAUUCCGCUACACAGAGGUCCAGUGUUCCCUGCUGAAGCUCCCCAAUAACAAAUAUGGGGGAAUCUACGUUGAUGUGAGCGUCACAGAGGGUGGGACUUUUGUGCAAUUCACCGAAUACUUCCCGGGCAAUGCUCCUGCCCUCAUUGUCAAUCACACCGACGUGGCAAUUAGCUUCUGGGAGCGUGGGAAUGUCAAUGAGCGAGUCCUUAAGGCCAAUGAGAAGAUGAUGUACACAUGGGCAGAUCCAGCGGGUGAUCGUAUCAUCCACUGGAACAAUGGGCCGAAGGAGAAGAUUGAGAAUGAUUUGCAGCGUGAUGGUGUUGGAUCCUUCGUACCUGGGGAGGAUAACACCACCGUCUACUGGUGGGUUUCCUUCCUCGAUGGCGUUCAGCGUGUCCUGCUAUUCACAAAGAGCGAAGCAAGCGCCAAUGAGACUCAAUCGGAUCAUCGAAUGGAUAAAAUAAAUCAGGAGAUUGAGCUGAAUAUCCACGGAAUUGGGCUUUCUGUUGUCAACAAUAUCAAAUCAUGCGAUGUAAUUUACAUUGGAAUUGCCAGCAGUGGUGUAAUUUGGGAGGAAUGGAAGAAGACACGUUUCAAGCAGAUGAAAAUCAAAGAUAAUCUCCUUGUUGAGGAGAAGUACCAGGAAUAUCUGCGGGAUCAGAUAACAGCAACGAAUUUGCAGAAGAAAUACUUCAUUGAUGGGGAGAAGCAUGAAGUAGAUUUUGCAGAGAUGAAAAUUCAAAAAUCCAAUCUCCGUGACAUUCGUCGGGUCUUCUACCCGGGUCUCUGGUUCCAGCUGAAGACAUCGCCGUUCCAGACGCAGAUGCACGCAAAGAUAAAUCGCAUUCAGAUUGACAAUCAAACACCCGAUUGUAUUUUCCCCGUCAUCCUGGCACCUGUGCCACCGCCAAAGAGUGUGGCGGCCACGGCUGAGUUGAAACCCUUCGUGGAGGCGUCAAUUGUUGAGCGUGUCAUCCCAUUCUCGACGGUUAAACAGUUCAAGUACUGCAAAAUCUUGAUGCAGGAAUUCCACAUUCGCAUUGAUUUGGGUGUGAUCAAUGAAGUGUUUGACAUGAUGAAUACGGAAGAUUCCGAGGAGGAGGUUGUGAAGAUUUUUGCGCAGGAAUUGGCACGUCUCAAGGAGCCCCUGUCGUCCUUUGUGGAUGUCCAGUCGUCGCAGGAGCAGAAGAAUUUCUACGAUCAACUCCAUUUGGGCCCCCUGAAAGUUCACGUUUCCUUCUCAAUGUCCGGCUCGGAUACGCGUAAUAUGCCGGGGAUUCUUUCAACACUCCUCCAGAGUGUUGGUGUUACGCUCACGGAUGUCAAUGAUGUGGUCUUCCGGUUGGCAUUCUUCGAUCGUGCCUACGUGUUCCUAACGCAGAGGCAGCUCGUGUCUGAAUGUAUGGCACACUAUACGGGACAAGCGGUAAAACAACUCUAUGUCCUCGUUCUGGGCCUAGAUGUGAUUGGCAAUCCCUUUGGGUUGGUUGUGGGUAUUAAGAAGGGUGUUGAAGAUCUCUUCUAUGAACCCUUCCAGGGCCUAAUUCAGGGCCCCGGGGAAUUUGCCCAAGGACUCGUUCUUGGUGUAAGGAGUCUCUUUGGGCAUACUGUGGGUGGAGCAGCUGGAGCUGUGUCCAAGAUAACGGGAGCAGUGGGGAAAGGUCUUGCAGCAUUGACCUUUGACAAGGAGUAUCAGAAGAAGCGACGGAAUCAGAUUAAUCGGAAACCCGCAAAUCUGCAGGAAGGUCUUGCACGGAGUGGAAAGGGGCUCGUUAUGGGGGUGGUUGAUGGGGUGACGGGAGUUUUCUCCAAGCCAAUUAGUGGAGCACGAUCCGAAGGUGUUGAGGGCUUCUUCAAGGGCCUGGGAAAGGGUGCAGUGGGUCUCGUGACGCGUCCCACUGCGGGUGUUGUGGAUUUUGCCAGUGGAAGCUUUGAAGCUGUUAAAAGAGCCACGGAGAUGUCAGAGGAUGUCAUUAGGUUGCGUCCACCGCGAUUCCUUAAACCCGAUGGCGUUGUGCAGCCCUACAGUCGGCGUACAGCUGAAGGGAAUAAACUUCUCAAGGAAAUUGAUAAAGGAAAAUACGCAGAUACGGAUACAUUUGUCCACAGUGAGACAAUAAUUGAGCACAAGGAUGUCUUUGUGGUGUCAGAUCAGCGUGUUCUGUAUUGCAUACGGAAUGAUUUAUUCGGUGGAUGGCAAAUUGAGUGGACACAUCGAUGGGAGGAAAUUGCAGCGGUUCAAGUAACGCCGCAGGGCGUUGAAAUACGCCUCGUGCGUGAACAGAAAAAGGGCUUUGGGGGUUUAUUUGGGAAUUCCGAAGCACAGCGCAAAGUCCUCAUCAUUCCUCGUCAAGCACGACGUGAGCAACUUGUUACCAUCAUGAAGGAUAUCAAAGAACAAAGGAAGUAAGGCGAAAAGAAGGUAAAACACAAAAUGCUUUUGCAAAUUAUUAUUCCGCUAGUCAAUGGGAUUUACAUAAUAUAUAAAUUGCUUUUGGGUAAAUGCUGUGGGGGGUGCUGGGUGAGCUGAGCGAAUUGCAAGGGUCCAAAUGCAAAUUUCCAUUGAAAUCUCACAGCCAGAGAUUCCCAUGGAAAGUCUCACGAAUCCUUCCCCCCAAUCAAGCUAAAGGAUCUAAUAAUUUUCUCAACGUUCUACGUCUUUUUUGCAUUUUACACGUUUUUCCAUAUUACUUACAUAAUAUAAAAUAUAUAUAUUAAAAUGGCACUCUCAAAGAGAACUUACAAAAAAGCGAUCGACAUGAUAUUUUAUAUAAACUUUCUUCAUUAAAUAUUAUAUACAAAAAAAUCUUUAGGUACUCUUAUAGUGGGAGUUUCGUAAAAGAGAAUCGUUGUAGAAGUUGUGAAUAAUGAAUAAAAAAAAAUCUCUAUUUUAA